AUGGAGUCUCACGUGGAUCUUAAGCUUCGUACCUACCGUUUUAUCGCCUACUCGGCUGUUGGCUUCUCCUGUAUCGCUGCAGUCUCUCUAUGCUUCACCCUUCCCCUUCUGUACAAUUAUGUGCAGAAUACCAAGAUGCAAGUCACCAAAGAAUCCAUGUACUGCAAGGGAGGAAUUACUGACAUGUGGUCUGACAUCAAGGAAAUGGAAAUGACGCAUAACAGAACUGCCAGACAAGCUUAUGCUUCCGCUGGGGGUGCCGGAGGAGGUGGCGGAUAUUCCGCAGGUGGAGGUGGAGGGCAAGGAGGAGGAGGCGGAGGAGGCGGAGAUGGUGGAUGCACUGGAUGCUGCAAUCCAGGACCACCAGGAGCUGGAGGACGUCCAGGAAAGCCAGGAAGACCAGGAAAGCCAGGAGCACCAGGAAACCCAGGAGCUUCUGGAAAGGGAGCUGGAGCACCAUGCGAGGCUUCUACUCCACCACCAUGCCAACCAUGCCCAGCUGGACCACCAGGACCACCGGGACCAGACGGACAGCCAGGACCAGCCGGAGGACCAGGAUCAGCCGGAGCUCCAGCAGGACCAUCAGCACCAGGACCAGCGGGACCACCAGGGCCACCAGGAGCACCAGGAAACGAUGGACAACCAGGGCAGCCAGGAGGACCAGGGCAAGACGGUGUUGGAGGAUCCUCAGGAGAAGCUGGACCAGGACCAGCCGGACCACCAGGACCAGCCGGACCCCCAGGAUCUGACGGACAACCUGGAGCAGCAGGAGGAGCCGGAGCACCAGGACCAAAGGGACCACCAGGACCAGCAGGACAGCCAGGAAGCGAUGGAAAUCCAGGAGCUCCAGGACAGCCAGGAAACGCUGGAGGACAAGGAGAGAAGGGAAUCUGUCCAAAAUACUGCGCUAUCGAUGGAGGAAUCUUCUUCGAAGACGGAACUCGUCGUCGUCGUUAG